UGUCUCGACGUACGCUUCAAAAUGGCGGAAGACUUGAAAGGAUAAACUUGCUAUUAAUUUCUCAAAUUUCUCCGAUAUUCGGUGGUUUUGUUGUCAGUAUACCACGCUUUCAAAUAAAGAGUUAGAAGAGAAUGACAAUUCUGGGUUGAUUUUGUACAACACAUGUAAAAUGGAAGGCGAUGAAACGAAUUUCCUGCGAGAUCAAGUCCAAAGACUGAAUGCUGUUCUGCAACGAUAUCAAGAGAAGUAUGGCCCUUUGGAAAAGAAGGAAGUGGAGAGUCUAUAUCACCAGGGUGAUCCAGCUGCUCCUUGGCAAACAAGCAGAAUAAUGUUAUCUCCGUUGAUCACAGAGUAUGACAAGCGAAUAGCAGAGCAGUAUCAGCAAAUUGGUGUAUAUAAGGCAGAGAUGAGAGACCUUCAAAGCAAAGUAGACAAACUGGUCAAAGAAAAUAACAGUUUACACCACGAACUGAAAUCAGUGGUUGGGGGACAGCUGGAAACAAUUCAGUCAGGCUUGAGAGGAGACCACACUGAGGAGGAUGCUGAGAAAGAACUCAUUGAUAACUUAAGGAAACAGAUAGAGCUACUAGAAAAGGUAAUCAAUCAACCAAUCAAACCAUCAAUCACACUUUGUGAAAGAGAAACAGCCAAUGAGAUGUGGCAAGAAACUGUACAUGAAUUAGACAGACUUGCAUCAGAACAUAGGGAUAUGUUAGGAAACUCUAAAGCUCAAGUCUCUACUCAUCAUGCCAUAGAAUCUAAAGGAGUAGCUCUUAUGAGGGACAAUCAACAGCUUAGAGAUAAUAACUACAAACUAGAAACGGCUAACAGACAUCUUCAGGAUGUGAUGAAUGCACAGAGUCAGGAGAUAGAAGGUAUGAGAGACCAGCUAAGAACAGUUAAAGGUGAUCUAAGGACAACAUCUAUCCAACUCAGAGACUUCACUACUAUGAAAGAUACACUAGAACAACAGUGCAGAGCAAAGGACAAGGAUCUAGGUGAGCUACGUAGUCGUGUCCAGUCCUCUGAGGGUAGGAUACCAGGUCUUGAAGAGAGAGUCAAGGAGCUGGAGCUGACCAUGGAGCUCAUAUCUCAUAUUAUUAUUAUUAUUAUAUUGAUGUAUGUAGGACAAGGAUCUAGGUGA